AUGUGCAAAAACUGGAUCUAUCUCAAGGUUGUUAUGAACAUCAACGGGGAGGGGUGGCUGUCGUCCCGAGCCCCCGCCCGCUCUUCCCAGGCCAGCUCGCACCUCGGAGGCCUCAGUGCCCCCGGGCUCUCCCUGCGGCGCCGGGUGCGGCCAACCUCCGCUUCCCCAGGGCAGGGCUCGGCUCGGGUCAGCGCAAUCAGCCCAGUCAGGCCCGGACCCGGCCGGCUCAGCCCGCCUGGCCACAGCGGCCCCUGGACCCCCGCCAGCGGGGAUGGGCGUGGGCCCGGCCGGCCACCGCCCCGCCGACAGGGACUCCAGAGGAGCGCGAGCCCCACCCGCGGCGCCGGCUCCCGACCUACCUGCAGGGGACGGGCGGGGACAGACGCCGGGGGGCUGCGGCCGGCCAGCGCGGCCCGACGCGGGGUCGCGAGGACCUGGCUCUCCCCUCAGCACCAGGCCAUCGCUGCCGCCGCCAUUUUGCCUUCCACUCCGUGUCGCCGCCGCCGCCGCCGCCGUCCGCCGCGGGUUUCCCGGAUGUGGGCAUUUCCCGGCGUCGCUUGCGCGGGGGCCGAGGACUGGGGGCUUCAGGCCGCCCCGCUGGGCCCCGGAGCUAGCGCUCCGUUUGUGGCCUCCCGACCGAGACUCACUCGCUCGCCCGCUUCCCUGAGCUGGGGUGAGUGUAGCCCAGAGAGUGGAGUCUGUACUACCAGGUUCUGGCUCUGCACGGAGACGCGGGCGCGUCGCGGCGAGCGUGGAUCGCACCAGGAAAGGGCGGUGAACGGCGCUCCGAGACCGCGGACGUCACGAGGCAAGAUGUCUAGGGCUUGAAUAAAACUCGAGUCUUCCAGAGCUGGGAGCGAAUGUGGUUUUGGAACAAGCCAGAUGGAGUGUUCUUAAAACUGGACCUGUGGAUUUGCAGAGUUCGGUCCAGCGGAUCUGCAGGAGAGGUCAUUGUAGCCAUAACGAGUAACGGGGCCGCUGUCAGAAGUUCAGUUUCUCUUGAAAUUGAAUCUGCUGUUCGGGAUGCAUCACUGACUUUGGUCUUUUAAUGCAUUGUUCUCUUUUGCGGGGGAUUAGGUCCAGGUAGAGGAUCUCUAGGCCGCACCGGGUGGGCCAAAACUCCCAUUCUCCUACCUCACUCCACCUUUCCUAGUGCUGAGAAUCUAAAUGGUGCUAACCAACACUGGGCUGUCUAUCCCCUGUAAAUAUAAACACAGUCCCCAGUUUUGCUGGUGGGUAAUACAUGCAAUUAUUAUUAUUAUUUUUCAGAUACUCUAUUUUGUCCUAGACCAAAAAAGUCAGAACGUUGACAUCCCAGUGUAACCAGGAAUUGAACCAUGCUAUGCCAGUGCUCUACCACUGAGCUGUAUCCUCAGAACAUUUUAUAGUUUUCAUUGCCACUGGGCCUCACUGUUAUCUGGACUGGCUUUGAACUUGUGAUCCUUCAGCCUCAGUCUUCAAGGUAGCUGUGAUAACAAGUCUGCUCCAUGAAGCUCAGUUCUGCUUUUUUUCUGAGAUACUGUAUCCAAAAGUUCAACUAUGAAAACCUCUGAUGGUCAAAUUUAGAUGACAAGGAAAUAUUUUAAUGUAGUUACUGCCACUGCUUUAGCUCUGUUGUCAUAGUAAAAUCCCUAAUGUGGCUUCAGCCCCACUAUGCUGUUGGGAUCAUCAUCCUACAGACCAAGGUCCCUACCUUGUGCUUUGGUAGGUAGGUACAAUUUUAAGAGACAUAUAAUUCAAUGGACUAUGUCUGCUAAUUUGAACCAUUAAAAAUAUUUUAAGCACA